CCGGGGCGCGCGCUCCCGGCCCGCCUCAGCCGCCCGGACGGCCGCCCCGCGGGGGAACAUGACAUCCCGGAGAUGGUUUCACCCAAAUAUCACUGGAGUGGAGGCAGAGAAUUUACUGCUGACGAGAGGAGUUGAUGGCAGUUUCUUGGCUAGGCCCAGCAAGAGUAAUCCAGGCGACUUCACACUUUCAGUUAGGCGAAAUGGAGCUGUCACCCACAUCAAAAUUCAAAAUACUGGGGAUUACUACGAUCUCUAUGGAGGAGAGAAGUUUGCCACGUUGGCUGAAUUAGUGCAGUACUACAUGGAACAUCAUGGGCAGCUGAAAGAGAAGAAUGGAGACGUUAUUGAGCUCAAGUAUCCACUGAACUGUGCAGAUCCUACCUCAGAAAGGUGGUUCCACGGGCACCUCUCUGGGAAGGAAGCAGAGAAACUGUUAACUGAGAAAGGAAAGCAUGGAAGCUUCCUUGUUCGUGAAAGCCAGAGUCAUCCAGGAGACUUUGUUCUCUCCGUCCGCACGGGGGAUGAUAAAGGAGAGAGUAAUGAUGGCAAAUCUAAAGUUACUCAUGUCAUGAUUCGCUGUCAGGAUCUGAAGUAUGACGUUGGAGGAGGAGAGAAGUUUGACUCUUUGACAGAUCUCGUGGAACAUUAUAAGAAGAAUCCGAUGGUUGAGACUUUGGGCACAGUACUUCAGCUGAAGCAGCCUCUGAAUACAACUCGCAUAAAUGCUGCGGAGAUCGAAAGCCGUGUGAGAGAACUGAGCAAGUUGGCUGAGACCACAGAUAAAGUCAAGCAAGGCUUUUGGGAAGAAUUUGAGACUUUACAGCAACAGGAAUGCAAGCUUCUCUACAGCCGAAAAGAGGGUCAGCGACAAGAAAACAAAAACAAAAAUAGAUACAAAAACAUUUUACCCUUUGAUCAUACCAGAGUCGUCUUACAUGAUGGUGAUCCCAAUGAGCCGGUGUCAGAUUAUAUUAAUGCAAAUAUUAUAAUGCCUGAAUUCGAAACCAAGUGCAACAACACAAAACCCAAAAAGAGUUAUAUUGCGACACAGGGUUGUCUUCAGUACACGGUGAAUGAUUUUUGGAGAAUGGUGUUCCAGGAGAAUUCUCGAGUUAUUGUCAUGACAACAAAAGAAGUUGAAAGAGGGAAGAGUAAAUGCGUCAAAUACUGGCCGGACGAGUACGCAUUAAAGGAAUACGGAGUCAUGCGAGUCAGGAACGUCAAAGAGAGCGCAGCUCAUGACUACACCUUACGAGAGCUUAAACUCUCAAAGGUUGGACAAGGGAACACAGAAAGGACAGUUUGGCAAUAUCAUUUUAGAACCUGGCCCGAUCAUGGAGUCCCUAGUGAUCCCGGUGGUGUUCUGGACUUUUUAGAGGAGGUCCACCACAAGCAAGAGAACAUCACCGAUGCCGGGCCUGUGGUGGUACAUUGCAGUGCUGGAAUCGGCCGGACAGGAACAUUCAUCGUGAUUGAUAUCCUUAUCGACAUCAUCAGAGAGAAAGGGGUGGACUGUGACAUCGAUGUUCCCAAGACCAUCCAGAUGGUGAGAUCUCAGAGGUCAGGAAUGGUCCAAACAGAAGCACAGUACCGAUUCAUAUACAUGGCCGUGCAGCACUACAUUGAAACACUACAGCGCAGAAUUGAAGAGGAACAGAAAAGCAAGAGAAAAGGACACGAGUACACGAAUAUUAAGUAUUCCUUAGCGGACCAGACGAGUGGAGAUCAGAGCCCCCUACCACCCUGCACACCAACUCCAACCUGCCCAGAAAUGAGAGACGAUAGCGCCAGAGUAUAUGAAAAUGUGGGCCUGAUGCAGCAGCAGAAAAGCUUUAGAUGAGAAGACAUGCCAAAACUUCACUGGAGAGACAGAAAUGAAUAUUAUUUUUCAAAGCAUACAAAAACCCCAAAAGGUCAAGAAAGAUAGAAGAAAUUGCAAGUGAAGAUUGAAUUUGGAAGGUCUGAUAACUUUGCAUUGUGGUUGUUUACCUUUCAAUAAGUAAAUUAAAAACCAUUUAAGAUCA